CGAUUAACCUAAUCCCAAAAGUUGGUGAAAGAGGCCUUAAAAUUGGAAUUGGGGAAUAUUUGGAAUUUACAUCGCAAGAUUAAUUCACGUUGAGUAACAGGAUGACUGACGAAUACCCAGAUUUGGAUAUGAACGAAGAAUUCGACCUUAUUCAUAAGGCAGACUAUGAAGCUUUGAGAGAACUAGAAGGUGAACUAUUUGAGAAAAGACAAUUGCCGCAAUCUGAUCCCAGUCCUAGUAAUAGUGGAACAUCUUGGAUAGUUAAUAAUAAUAAACAUCAAGCAAAUGUUGAAAUUUCUGCACCUGAUAAUGUUGAUAAAGUCAACAACAUGACUAACAAUAAUAAAAACCAUUUAUUGUCGCAAUCUGAUCCUGGUCCUAGUACUAGUGGAAUAUCUUGGACAGCUAAUGACAAUAAACAUCAAUCAAAUGUUGAAAUUCCUGUACCUGUUAAUGCUGAUAAAAUCAAUAACAUAACUAGUAAUAAUAAAACACAUAGUUAUGAAAAAUAUUGUGAUAGUAUACCUAGUAGUAGUAAAAAACGUAAUUGCGAAGAAUUUCUUAGUGACAGCUCUAAUUUGUUAGACAUGGAUAUCCCAGUUGACACUUAUGAUGCCAAUAUUAUAGAAGAGCCAAAAGAAAAGAAACUUCGAUGGGAUCAACCUAAAAAAGUCAUUAAGAAAAUCUUGGAUGUUAGACAGUUGCUGCAUGAAAAUGAAAAUACACCAAUGAAGAUAAGUUACAAUAACAAGAAAAACUCUAUUUCUUUACGAGUUCCAUCAUGGAAUUUUGUGGCUGUCACAAGAUCGUAUGAUUCUCAGCGUUUAUAUAUUAGAGUCAGAAACCAACAGAAUAAUAUCAAGCAGUCUACAAGUCCAAUUGCUAAUUUGUCUUCAGUGCCUUAUAAACAAUUGAAAAUUCAGGCUAAAGAAAUCAUGGCAAGAAAACAGGAUUUAUCUAGGCAACCGUUAUCUUUAUGUGAUACAACAAAUAUAAUUAACGAUGAAUUGUGGGUCGAUAAAUAUCGACCUCGAUCAUAUAUAGAGUUAUUAUCAGAUGAAACCGUUAACAGACAAUUAUUACAUUGGUUGAAACUUUGGGAUAAAGUAGUAUUUAAAAAAAAUGUUAUAAAACCAAAAAAAAAGUUGCCUAAUUUUGGAAAAAAGAAUAACAUUGAUGACAAAAAAGACAUUGAGGAAGUGGAUAGUAAAGGAUAUCCAAUAAAGAGGAUAGCCUUACUUAGUGGUCCACCUGGAUUGGGAAAAACGACUUUAGCACAUAUAGCAGCCAGACAUGCUGGUUAUAAUGUCGUAGAAGUCAAUGCAAGUGAUGAAAGAACUCCUGAUACAUUUAGACAGAUUCUCCUUGCAUCAACAGAAAUGAAAGCUGUGAUGGGGGCUGAUCCCCGACCGAAUUGUUUAAUUUUUGAUGAGAUUGAUGGUGCACCGGCUGCAUCUAUCGAACUUUUAUUAAAAUUUACUCAAGGCAAAUUAAUAACGAAAAAGAAAAAGAAAAAAGAACAAUCAGAAAAUAUGUCUGAUGGCUGUACACGUCCUGUAAUAUGUAUUUGUAAUGAACCAUAUGCUCCAUCGUUAAGAGCGUUAAGAGCCGUCUCUGUAAUAAUUCCAAUACAGGAAGUAAGUCCUUUAAGAUUAGCAGAACGUCUAAUGGAUUUAGCGAGAAAGGAAAAAUUAAAUGUAGACUUUAAUGAUCUUGUAAAAAUAGCGGAAAGAUCCGGUUGUGAUGUUCGAGCUUGCAUAGGAGCAUUACAAUAUAUGGGUAGCUCUAAUUUGAAAGAUAAUUUAUCUCUAGGUCUAAAAGAUACUCGUAAGAAUUUAUUUGAUUCAUGGAGAAGUAUAUUAACGAUUCCUAUGAACAAAGAGGGAGUGCUUAAUAUUUCUGAAAGAAUUCAGAAUAUUUUGAAGACUGUGCAAAAUGGUGAAACGGAUAAGUUGACACAAGGAAUAUUUCAUAAUUAUCCUGAAAUCUGUGACCGGAAACUUAAUAACGUACCUAUGUCUCUGGAAUGGUUUCAAUUUUAUGAUUUAGUAAUAUCGCUUAUUGCACACAAGCAGAUUUGGUCACUUAUGCCCUACACAAAUUAUGGAUUUAUUGCAUGGCACUUGUAUCUUGCACGAACACAGAAAAUGAAAAUAUCAUAUCCCACUGUUACCAACGAAGUAACUCAAAAAUCGGCAAAGAACACAGGUAUUUUAACAGCAGUACGAAGAGUAUGCGGACGUGAUGUUUUCACUCUAACUACAGAUAUUGCUGGUUUUUUGCCGGACAUUCUAACGCCCAAAUUGCGCACAGUUCCUUCCCAUUUAUAUUCGUCAAAAGAGAAGUCUGAUCUUGCCAGAAUAAUAAAUGUGAUGCUUGAAUUUGGUUUAUCGUUCGUGCAGGAGAAAAAUUUUCAAAGAGGAUACAUCUACAAUUUAGACCCUAAUAUUUUGGAAAUCGGCGUUUUUCUUAAUUGCAAUGCGCAUCGAAGUCUCGCAUACGCAGUACAACAGAUAAUCACACAAGAGUUGGAGGUCGAACGUUUAAAGCGUGCGAGUAUCUUAACAGGACUCGGAGUUAACUCGGAAAACAUGGCAAAAUCAGGAAAUCCGGAAACUGUAGAAAAUGUUCAGAAUAUAUCUUCCAAUGUUGAGAAUAACACGAAACAAUCCAGAAAAAAUGCGACAUCUUUAAAAGAAAUAGUAUACAAAGACUUUUUCGGAAAUAUCAUUACGAAUGAAAAUAAAAAUGGUCAAAAACAGAAUAAAAUAAUGAAUCGUAUAUCCCCGAAAUCACAAGAAAAAUAUUCUCUGAUGAAAAAUAUUUUAACAAAACAUGGAAUAUGGUACAAAUAUAAAGAAGGUUGCAACAACGCCGUUCGCCGAAAUGUAUCCAUGGAGAAAUUUUUAUAAAUAGAUUGACUUAAGUACAAACUGCGAGUACAUCUUUAUUCUUGUGCUUUCAAGAAUGUAUAGUAUUCUUUUUUCUUUUUUUCAUGAAUACAUGAUAUAUUUGAAGAGUUUUUCACAAAAACUAAACAAGUCCAGAAAAUUAAAUUUUGAAGAAACAAACAACUUCUC